CUUUACUUGCUGAAGACUGAAAACGUCAUGACGUUUUAUGCUAGUUGAGAAGGACGCUCUGAAGUUUGGGGAUAUUAAAAGUGCGGAAUAACUUGAGGAAGGGAAGAAAACGACACUCUCUCGCUCUCUCUCUGUUCUUCAUUUUCAAGAAGAGGCUCUCUAAUCGUCGUCAGAGAAAAUUGCAGAGAGAAUUCUGCUUCGGACAUUAAGCUCAUGAGUCAUGACUUCUUCAAUCCAUGAGCUUUCUGAUAACAUUGGAAGUCAUGAGAAGCAAGAACAGAGAGAUUCUCAUUUCCAACCACCAAUCCCUUCUGCAAGAAAUUAUGAAUCAAUUGUUACAAGUUUAGUCUACUCAGACCCGGGGACUACAAAUUCCAUGGCACCUGGACAAUAUCCAUAUCCAGAUCCUUACUACAGAAGCAUAUUUGCACCGCCUCCACAACCGUAUACCGGGGUACAUCUACAGUUGAUGGGAGUGCAGCAACAAGGCGUUCCUUUACCAUCUGAUGCAGUCGAGGAACCUGUUUUUGUUAACGCAAAGCAAUACCACGGUAUACUAAGGCGCAGACAAUCAAGAGCAAGACUUGAGUCUCAGAAUAAAGUCAUCAAGUCACGUAAGCCGUAUUUGCAUGAAUCUCGGCAUUUGCAUGCGAUAAGACGACCAAGAGGAUGUGGCGGGCGGUUUCUAAAUGCCAAGAAGGAGGAUGAGCAUCACGAAGACAGUAGUCAUGAAGAAAAAUCCAACCUUAGCGCUGGUAAAUCCGCCAUGGCUGCUUCUAGUGGUACAUCUUGAGAAGGUCCUACAAGUAGCUUUGUUGUAUUUUGGCUCUGUUUGGUCUCAGAUCAUCUAUGUCUUUUAGUGUAUGAUAUAUACAAAUCUUUGUAUAAAGGUAUAGAUAGGUUCUUGGGAAGCAAUUAGGUAAACGUGAAGUGGGUUUUAGACUUGUGAUUAUUAAAUAAAACCCACCGAGGAAAAAGGGAAAUAAAUAAUGUCCAUGAUGUUUAGUUAAAUACAAUGCUACUGAUAUUGUUUUGUUAUAAGAAAUUUUGGUAAUAAAACGAAGAAUGGAAGAAUCCAC